GCGGACACAGUGAACUCUCCGUGGAAAUAUGACUUCUUCUUCCAACCACGACCAGCGCCUGGAGCAUCUCCUCAGCGCCGUAGAGAGCGAGUUCCAGAAGGGCAGCGAGAAGGGCGACCCGUCCGAGAGGGACAUUAAACUGACGCUGGAUGACGCAGACCUGUGGACCAAGUUUAAAGAGUUAACCAACGAGAUGAUCGUCACUAAAACUGGAAGGAGGAUGUUCCCGGUGCUCAGGGCCAGCGUCACCGGCCUGGAUCCAAACGCCAUGUACUCCGUGCUGCUGGAUUUUGUAGCCGCGGACAACAACCGGUGGAAGUACGUCAACGGGGAGUGGGUCCCCGGCGGCAAACCGGAACCCCAGAGCCCCAGUUGCGUCUACAUCCAUCCGGACUCGCCGAAUUUCGGAGCACACUGGAUGAAAGCGCCCGUUUCCUUCAGCAAAGUCAAGCUCUCCAAUAAACUGAACGGGGGCGGACAGAUCAUGCUGAAUUCUCUGCACAAAUAUGAGCCGAGGAUACACAUCGUGAAGGUCGGCGGGAUCCAGAAGAUGAUCAGCAGUCAAUCUUUCCCCGAAACACAGUUCAUCGCUGUCACUGCUUACCAGAAUGAAGAAAUCACCGCUCUGAAGAUAAAGCACAACCCGUUUGCUAAAGCUUUCCUGGAUGCUAAAGAAAGGAGUGACCACAAAGACGUCCCCGACCACACUGCAGACGGUCAACAGUCCGGCUAUUCUCAGCUUGGAGGUUGGUUCCUCCCCGGCCAGAGUCCCAUCUGCCCCAGCAGCAGCCCUCCUCAGUUCAGCGGCACUGCAGCUCAUUCCUCGGGCUCCUACUGCGAGCGCUACCCUGGUCUGAGGAGCCACAGGACGGCUCCAUACCCGAGCCCCUACCCUCACCGCACCUCCAGCACCAACAACUACCUGGACAACAGCUCAGGUUCUCUGUCCACUCAUGACAGCUGGUCUGCUCUUCAGAUCCCAAACUCCACAGGCAUGGGGACUUUGUCCCACACCACCAACUCCACCUCUAACUCCAGUCAGUACCCCAGCUUAUGGUCAAUGGCCAGCACCACCCUAACUCCUUCUGGCUCCGCCUCUGGCUCCAUACCAGGAGGUUUGACCUCCCAGUUCCUGAGGGGCUCCUCCUACACGGGCCUGACCUCCUCACUGCCUGUCUCCUCACCUUCUUCCAUGUACGACCCCAGCUUGAGUGAAGUUGGGGUGGGGGAGGCCCAGUUUGAGAGCUCCAUUGCCAGGCUCACUGCGUCCUGGGCGCCUGUGGCUCAGAGUUACUGAGCAGCAGAGACGUCUUCUCUGAAGGCUCAGCAGUCUUCUCUGAAGGUUUUGGGGCAGGACUUGAAAAUAAAUGGGUCAUGGGAAAGACAUGGAAAACUUACAAGACCUGUUGGGACGUGUUCUGGCUCCUGAUUGUGGAAAAGCAACGAUUAUUCAUUCCAGAGCCACUAUUUAUGAAAGUGAUGUGCAGAGACAAUCAUCUCCUUUUAUGUUGGACAAAUAAUAUUAAGCCUUGUCUUCUCUCAACAUGCUUAUUACACAUGUACCCAGAAAUCCAGAUGUUUGUUGUUAUAAACAUGUGAAAAACUGUUCCUCUAACAUAAAUAUGUAUAUGUGUGUAUAUAGACUAAAUUAACGCCACAUGUAUUUUUCUUCCGGUUGAAAUACAAAUCUGAGACUGGACUGAGAGUCACAAGUGCCUUCUGUAUCCGGGCAGGUUUCUGUUGGAUAAAAAAGACUUCCCUGCACAAACACAUGUACAGAUUCUAUGUAUUUGUAUUUGAAUUUGAAC